AUAAAUAUCAUAAAAGCGCUCGUUCAAAUAUAUUCGCAAUCACGAAGUAUCGGCCAGGGAUCAGAAAUAAACAGUUAUAAAGCGAACAGGUAUUUUAAUGAUAUGCAACGCCCAUUGUUUUAAGUGAAACAGUCCGCGGUGGAAUAAAAAUCAUCCUUUCUAUUAUCCUUGAUAAUGGAUUAAUUACUGAGGAUUGUAAUUCUGGUUAAGAACAUAUCUGUGCAGCAGCCCUUGAAAAAGUCCGUGUUAGAAGUUACAAAUGAAGUGUUUCCUUACAAUGAGAGUAGCCGCUGUGACGUAUGUUUCAAGUUUAAAAGACAUGCUAAAGAUGAUCUUCGUGCUUCUACUGCUACUUCACGUGACCACGUGUAUGCAAGCAACAGCGCGUGUUAAAUGUGGGAAUGUAACAACAGAAGACCCUUGUGCCUGUGGCGAGCAACUACAAUUCAUAACCAUAAAUGAUAGUGUACCACAAGGAUCUGCUAUCGCAGUCUUCAACAGCUCUACGCUGCCAACGCCCGCAUCCGCAUGCUCGAAAUUUAACAUAACAGCAGACGGCAGGCUUAUUUUACUGGCAGACCUCCGGAAUCCCUGUACCUCGUCGGAGAACUGUGAAAUACACUGCGGGGAUGAUAUCAAGGACAUAAAAGUUAUCGUUAACAACAUAGACGAACAUCCACCCGUGUUCCCUAAUUCAAGUUUUACUACAGAAAUAUUUGAGAAUGUUACAGUAUCCGCUACCGUGUUUGAUUUUGGCAUGCCAGAGUACAGACCUAAAGAUGAGGACUGCCCUGAUGUUAAAUCAAUGAACUACUUUAUUAAUAAGAGCAGUGAUGGUCAAGAAUAUUUUGGUAUUUCUGGUGGAUCUUCUGGAAAAAUCCUUCUUAAAAAGAGCAUAGAUUACGACAAGCUGACUGAACACGAGUUCAACAUCACCAUAGGGGUCACAUCUAGCGUUCAAGGGAGACCGGGAAGUCCGGGGUAUACUUACGUUAUAGUUAAGAUACUUGAUGUAGAUGAUAAUGACCCUGAAUUUGAACACUUGCAGUACAAGCUGAACGUUACAGAAGAGACGAUAUCGACCACGCCUUUAACAGGAGUACCUCCUAUUCGAGGCUAUGAUAGAGACAAAGGAGUAAACCAGACUAUACUAUACUCUUUUGAAGAUUACAGGAACAUUUCUGACUUUCUACAAAUAAACACAACAGAUGGUACUUUCUCCGUCGUCAAGACUGUAGACAGGGAAAAGAAUUCUACAUACGCUAUGACAAUAUGGUGUUUUCAGUCCGAUAACCACGAGAAGAAAGCCUCUGCCACUGUGUUUAUCAACGUGUUAGAUAUAAACGACCAUUUGCCUAUUUUCACUCCUGAAUCGUACAACGUCACCUUGGUGGAAAAUGCCGUCGGUUACGUUACAACCGUUACUGCUACAGAUCAAGACAUUGGUGAAAAUGCGGCUGUUUUCUAUGAGAUGACUGAUUCUGGGGCAUUCGAAAUUAAUUCCAGUAGUGGUGAGGUUAGGGUAAAAACUCCAGCUGACCUAAACAGGGAGAAAUCGGCUUUCAUUACAGUUUUGGUGAAAGCGAGAAAUAUAGAAGGUAACUAUUCAAGUAGUACGGCGACUGUUAUAAUCACAUUACUAGAUGUAAAUGAUAACAGCCCUGAGUUCCAGGAAGAAUUCUAUAUUUUCUAUGUCAACUCUACAGAUGGUGUGGACAAAGUUGGUCAGGUCAGAGCGAAUGACGCAGAUGAAGAUGGUUCAGCAAAUGCAAAUGUCACAUAUGAGAUUUAUCCAAGCUCUGUAACAUUGCCUUUCGUUAUUGACAAAUCUACUGGAAUAUUAACUGUACAAGGAAUGUUUGAUUAUGAGAAGGACUAUCAGUUUCUCGUAAUGGCUUGCGACAAUCCAGAGGACGAGAAUCACAGGCGAUGUAGCAUGGCUAAUAUUGAAGUACUGUAUGGAAAAAAUGUUUCAUUUGUGACAUACAGUUUGGAAUUUACUGUUGUAGAAACUUUGCCUGUAGGAUCCAUAUUCGGACAAAAGUUACCGGUAUCAGGUAACAAGUAUGUGUGUUCUACAGAGGACUUCCAUGUAGAUGUACACAGUCGAAUGAUGAAAACAAACACUAGCCUGGACAGGGAAGCUGAUGAUACAUACCACAUUUAUAUUGAAGUAUCUCAAUACAAUCGGUUGAAAGGAAACCUGUCAGUGACAAUAACGAUAGAAGAUGUUAACGAUAAUGCUCCCAGAUUCACACAGGAGGAAUUCUUCUUCAGUAUCACUGAAAACAUCAACAAAAACACUUAUCUUGGAACAUUGAAUGCAACAGACAAAGACAUCCGUGAAAAUUCAAAUCUGACAUUCAGUUUUCAGCAAACAUUCUUUGAAUUAUUUACGAUUGACAGCGUCUCAGGUGAUGUGAUGACUAGUGACCGGUGGGAUGAGAGUAUGGUUUCAAAACACUCUCUGUACCAUUUAAUAGCUGUUGUUGAAGACAAUGGAGAACCAUCAUUAACAUCGGCUGUUCCUGUUUAUGUUUCGUCAAUGAAAAUAGGUCAAAAUUCCUCAGUCGGUAUACCCACUUCCCUGUCAAAAGCUGCAAUAAUGAAAGACGAUAUCAAACUUUCAUUAGAAAAACAAUUUGUAAAAAUUCUUGGUUUUGAUACAGUACAAAUAACAGAUGUCAGCGACUCUAUAUCUCACAUGUUUGUCAAAGCAUACAUGAACGGUACAGAAGUUCGGCCAACAAAAUUACAAAGGUCCUUGGUGAAUAACUGGUCUCCAGUGCAGAAUUUAUUCCGUCAGUACAUGGUACCCCUAACAGAAGUAGAGCGUAGCGAGAACGGUCUGUCCGCUGCAGAGAUAGCACUGAUAGCCAUUGCUGUAACUCUGUUCUUUGCUGGACUAGUGGCUAUAGCUGUCAUUUGCAAACAGUGGGACAUGCAUGAAAAGAACAACAGACUACGACGUCCGAGUACCCUAUAUGACUCACAAGAACUCCGUAUGGAUUUUGCUGAAGAAGAAUUGCCAAGUAGAUUCAGUACAUUUAAAGGAGCCAGGAAGGAGAGUGAAGUCUCUUUGGAAGGAAGUUUUGGUCUGGGAUAUGUAAACGCUGCAUUUAAUUGUGAUGGCGACGACAUAAAUACCCCAAGGACUCCAACAUGGAGUUGUAACGAUACUCCUAGAAUUCCUAGAUGGAGUACAAGUGACUCCUUGAAAGAUGCAAUGGCAAGUCUUGAGGAGUUGACCCACAGGUUGAAUACGGAGGACAAUAUUUCAAGAGUGUCAAACAUCUCUCGUAGCCGACGGUCCCAAAAAUCUGACAAGAGUGAACUUCAAACACCAAGGUCAAAUCAAGCACCCAAUAAUACAGAAGCACGAGCUAUGCCUACAUAUGAAAACCUUGUUGUGGAUCCAUCGUCUAGAAAAGCAGAAGUUUUGACUGGAAGCGGUAGUUUGAACAGUUGUGGACAUUAUGACAACGAAAUUUCAGAAUCAGAAAAGAUGAAAGGGAUAAUAGAAAGUAAUCAGAGAACUCAUGAUUAUGAAAACGUUGAGAUUGUUGGGCCAGAUAUAAAUGGUGACAUUAUAGAAGAAGAAUGUACAGCUUUCUGAAUACGGAAAAGAAAUUAGUACGCUUACAUGAUUUAUACGUUAGAAUUUCGCCGCCUCGGAUACAAUCUGAUGAUUUUGUUUCUAUAUAAAGACGCCGAUUUCGUACGUAGCUCACUCGUAUCCUCAAUAGGAACUAUUAUAAUAUUAAAAUUGGCUGCCUACAAAAUAUUUAUGAUUAUCUUAGAUCUUUCAAAGAUUAAAAAUUGUAUGCAUUUUUAUGGCCCGUAGUCAUACAGUAAUUAUUUGUAUAAACAUCUGUUUCAAUAAUUUGAAAACAUUUUUCAACAAUUUCAAAUUGACACAAUGUGCAGACGCUGGUCGUCUUAAUAAAUGUUUAUUGCCAGAAUACGCAGUUUGAAGACUAUGUAUGUUAAAGUUUUAACAUUUACAUUCACUACAGUCCUUGUCAUUUAUUCCAUAUUUUGUGUUUUUAUGUCAUUUUUGUUUAUGACAGCGCGUAAUACUAAUAGCGCAUAUCGAACUAUACAUAUGUAAUGGUUUCAGAGGCAUGCAUUAUAUGCUCCGAAUUGAAAAUGAAAUUUUAUGUGAUGAACUUACAGAUUGUUGUUCGGCUUCAGUGCAAAUAAGACAUGUUCAUUGACUUUCUUUUGUUUUGCUGUGAAGAUACUUAUCAAAUAAUUAAAUGUGUGAGUCUUCGAGGCCGUUUUAUGGGGAUGAGUGAAUAGCGGUGACACUAUUAUAAGUAUGCAGAUACCACCAGGGAUAUUGAAGGAUUUUGUGACAAUCUUUUUUUUUCAAGUGCAAAGUAUUUAUUUUUGUUGGGUUUAAUCGACACAAUUAUAGGUUACAUGGCGACUUUCCAGCUUUGAUGGUGGAGGAAGACCCCAGGUGUCCCUCCGUGCAUUAUUUCAUCACGAGCGGACACCUGGGUAGAACCACCGACCUUCCGUAAGCCAGCUGGAUGGCUUUCUCACAUGAAGAAUUCCCUGAGUGAGGCUCGAACCCACAUCGAUGAGGGGCAAAUGAUUUGAAGUCAGCGACCUUAACCACUCGGCCACGGAGCCGCCUCAAAUGCAGAGUAGGCUUACAGUUUAGAUGUGCUGAGUGUGUGUUUCCAUUGCAAUCUAAAUCUAACGAAUACUUGUAGACUUGUAUAUUUUGCUUCCAAUGUAAUAAUGCAGGCCUCCCAAGGGCGGGGGUGCUUUAAAACAUUUAUAAACCUUUUAUUUUGUGAAAUACCUUUAAAACCUUUUAUUUUGUGAAAUACCUUUAAAACCUUUUAUUUGCUGAAAAGCCUUUAAAACCUUUUAUUUUGUGAAAUACCUUUAAAACCUUUUAUUUUGCUGAAAAGCCUUUAAAAACUUUUAUUUUGCUGAAAAGCCUUUAAAGCAUUUGAUUUAUACCUUGAACCUUGCUUUUCACAGUAAGCAGUUGUAGUGAUUACAGUUGUUUUGCAAAUGAAAAGAGAAUUGAAUUUACUAACAUUUCAACAGUCGGACUGGACGAUUUAGGGAAAUACUAGUAUAAUAUUUUAUCAGUCUUGAGAUUUUCAGUGUGCUUUAGUCUUUCCUGUACCAUUGUUUGUGUCCAAGAUGAAUGGUCUAGGAGAGGUACAGCUUCCAUUGACUCGAGAUGAUGUGUUUACUAUUUAGGCAAUGAAACUCGAGUAGGCACUACUUGUUUUAGAUGUAUGUGUAGUUAACUGCAUCAAAGUUCACAAUCUGGAAAAGUGAAAAAAUAGAGGCAACUCCACUGAAAUUGUAUUAUAUGCGUAGGUGACUAGGUACUUUUCAUUUCCUUCUAAUUAUGCAAUUUUAACUCACCUGAGUCUGUCAACAGUCCAUCUGUCAUCCACACGCACGUUCUAACGAAACGGUAUUUAUGUGACACCCCCAUUGUUCUCUCCAUUGUUCUAUCAGUCACAUAAAAAGAAAAAAAGUCACAUAAACAGAACGGAAUGAAUGACAUCAAAGAGAAAGUACCGUUAUGAAGUCACUUAACCAUCAUUUUGCGGGCACUUUUUUUCAAACAACAUCUCUGAAACCAUUUGGUGGAAGUUGAUGAAACUUUGCCCAUAUUCCAUGCUUGGUCCUCUAAGAUGUUCAAUGAAUUCAAAUUUAUGCAAAAAUCCUGUUGCCAUGGCAGGCAAAAGGGAAACACCGCUUUAGAAGUUUCUCAGAAGCCAUUUGCCCAGUUUUGAAAUAGUUUCACACAAAUGUUCCUUGGUAGACACUCUAACAAGUUUUUUUUUCAGCUUCGUAGAAGAUGUUGCCACCAGGCGGCCCGAUCACCUUUUCAUAUAUGUAUAUUGUGGAAACUUUAAAAACCUUCUUGUCAGAAACUGCUGGCCAGAUUUCAAAAUAACGUACCUUAAUUGGGUGACCGUCUACCAAGGUUAUUCAAAUUAUUGUUCAGACUAUUCCAAUUCAUCAAAAAACUUUACUAUCAGGGAGGAUUGGUUUGUCUUUUCCUAUAUGUAUAUAAUAGGAUUUUUGGUGAACCUCUACAAAGAUUUUUCAAAUCAGAUUUGUAAAAAAACAUUGCUGCAAGAUAGAGUUGUCUCUUUUCCUUUUAUGUGUGCAGAAGAAUUUUUUUUAAAAAUGUCAAAAAGUUGAAAUAAAUUCACAUAAAUGUA